UCAUUGUGUGUAGCUUGACGUCACUUUCCCUCCUCAGAGCCGCUGAGCAGCUCAAUGUGUGGAAGUGUUCACGGUCUGAUAACAAACUUUACAUGAACUCUGUGCGGUUUAAUCUGCGGCCGGAAACACAAACUUUAGUUUUUAUCAGUUUUAUAAACUCUCUGUUUCCGGUGGGAAAAACUCUCCUCCAUGAAUUCAGCCCUUUAUCCUCCAAAGUGCUGCCUCCAGUCUCGCUCCUUCCUCCGGUGGAAAUCCUGUUUGUCCAGCUGGAAAUGAGGCUUCAGUGAAGGGAGUGGGAGCCCGAGCCGAGCCGAGCCGGACCGAGCCGAGCUGACCCGGUUCAUUAAUGUGAGCGACGGUUUAAAAACAUCCUCCGUCAGAAAUAAUGAGAAGAUGAAGCUGCUUCUGUGGAUCCUACUGGUUUUACUGGGGACUCAUGAAGGGACCUGUGGGAACGGUGUGUUGUUCACGAAGCAUCCGUCCAAUCAGACGGUCACUCAGGGGAACGCCGUGAGGCUUGGCUGUGCCGUUCAGGGAGUGACGGAGCCGGACAUUGUGUGGAUGAAGGACGGAGAGAAGCUUUACAGCACCGACCAGAUGUUCAUCACACUGGGAGAGCAGCACUGGGAGACAUACCACAGUGUGAAGUCGGUCCAGCAGCAGGACGCGGGUCAGUACUGGUGUGAGGUUGAGUUCCACGACCUGACGUUCUCCUCUGAACGAGCCUGGAUCACAGUGGAAGGUGUCCCUCACUUCAUCCAGGAGCCGCAGGACGUGGCCACGUUCCCAAACGUCCCCUUCAACCUCACCUGUGCUGCCGUCGGCCCCCCCGAGCCUGUGGAGGUGCUGUGGUGGCUGGGUGGAGUCCAGGAGGGAGAGCCCAGACCGUCCCCCUCCGUCCUCCACGUCCAAGGAGUGAACAGCAGUGUGAAGUUUUACUGUGAAGCGAAGAACACCAGAGGGAUCUCCGUCUCCAGAACAGGAACUGUCCACAUUAAAGUGUUGCCGGCAGCACCGGUCGGGCUGCAGGUCCUGAGGAUGGUGGACAACAACGUCACAUUGUCAUGGAAACCAGGAUUCACAGGACACUCUGAGCUGUCCACCUGCGUCCUCCAGCUGUCGAGGCGUUCAGUGCGGAGGUCGGACCUCCCUCAGCAGGAGUUUCAGGUUCCUCCUCACCUCCAGGUCCUGUCUGGUUUGAGGAGUCACUCCAACUACAGCGUCAGAGUGUCCUGUGUGAACGAGGUGGGGGCGUCGCCCUUCAGCCCCUGGCUUCACUUCCUGACGCCUGAGUCAGUGCCGUCGGCGGCCCCCAGGAACCUGACGUUUGAGCUGUCGGAGCAGCAGCUGGCUCUGAAGUGGGCUCCGCUGCAGGAGGAGGAGCUGCAGGGGAAACUGUUGGCCUACAAGGUGCAGUGGACUCUGGGAGGAGAGCCACAGGAGCCGCUGCUGUUCAAGGAGAACUGGGCUCAGCUGUCAGGAGGAGGACGCUUCUUCAACGCCUCCUUCCAGGUGUCGGCGUGCACCUCCGUGGGCUGUGGACCCUGGAGCCCCCCGGUGCUGGUGCUGCCCGCCUCAGUGCAGGUCCAGGCGCAGCGGAGCCACAUGUGGGUCGGCCUGCUGCUCGGCCUGCUGGUGGCCACCAUCGUGGGACUGCUGCUCACCAUCAUCACUCACCGCCGCGGCAAAGAGACGCAGUUUGGUUCGGCCUUCAAGCCUCCAGGUCCUGAGAGCUCCGUCUCGUUCACGGCAGCUCGAUCCUUCAACAGAAACUGUGUUGAGCUGCAGGAGUCCACAUUGGAUAGUCUCGGUAUAAACGAUGACCUGAAGAACAAACUGCAGGACGUCCUAAUCCCAGAGAGGCUGCUGACACUGGGUCACAUGCUGGGGAAAGGUGAGUUCGGCUCGGUGCGUGAGGCGUUCCUGAAGACGGAGGACUCGUCUGUCCAGAAGGUGGCGGUAAAAGUGCUGAAAUCUGACAUCACUUCGUCAGGUGACAUCGAGCAGUGUCUGAAGGAGGCGGCCUACAUGAAGGACUUCCACCACCCCAACGUCAUCCAGUUAAUCGGAGUGAGUCUUCACCGACGUCCUGGUCAGCGGCUGCCAAUCCCAAUGGUGGUUCUUCCGUUCAUGAAACAUGGAGAUCUACACACGUUCCUGCUGCUGUCUCGACUUGGAGAACAUCCAUUUGACCUGUCUCUGCAGACGCUGCUGCAGUUCAUGUUGGACAUCUCUCGGGGGAUGGAGUACCUGAGCAGCAGGAGCAUCAUCCACAGAGACCUCGCUGCCCGAAACUGCAUGCUGAACGAGAACAUGACGGUGUGUGUGGCGGACUUCGGCCUCUCUAAGAAGAUCUACAGUGGAGAUUAUUACAGACAGGGCUCCGUCUCUAAACUUCCUGUCAAGUGGAUCGCUCUGGAGAGUCUCGCCGACAAUGUGUACACCACACAGAGCGACGUGUGGGCGUUUGGCGUGACGAUGUGGGAGAUCAUGACCCGAGGUCAGACUCCAUACCCCGGCGUGGAGAACUCGGAGAUCUAUGAGUUUCUGAUCAAAGGAGAGCGACUGAAGAAACCUCCAGACUGCAGAGAUGACAUUUAUGAGAUCAUGCACAGCUGCUGGAGUCCCGUCCCCAAAUGUCGUCCCAGUUUCCAACAUCUGGUCAUCCAGCUGGAGGCGCUGUGGCUCAGCCUGUCUCCCACCCCCCCGCUGAAGGAGCCUCUGCUCUACGUCAACCUGGAGGGGGACGACGGGGAGCCAGGUGGAGGAGGGGCGGUCGGGGUCAGGGCCCCGGGGCCGGAGGAGGCUACAGCGACAACAGCAGCCGGGCCCACAAGCUGGAGCGUUCCUUGGCAGCGCAAGGCAGAGGACGAGGAGAAGGACUGGCUGAUGGUGGGGUCAGGGGCGGCGCUCGCCAUCGGAGGAGACUACAGGUACAUCAUCGGCCCCUGUGGGGCCCCCGAGGAGGAGGAGGAAGAAGGUGUUGGCGGAGGAGGAAGGAGGGGGGAGUCGAUGGACACGUUACAGGAAGAGGUCAGAGAUGAAGAGGAUGAUGUGGUCAUUAAUGUCUGACCAAUCACAGCACUCCUCCUCUCACCCAAUAGGACAUCUAACUGAGCUCAUUAGUCAGCUGAUCAGAGAGGGACGCUCACUUUAUGGCACGGAGCAGCAGCAGGCGGGUGGAGACUGAUGAAGGUACAAACUGUCACUCAUCACAAUCAGUACCUGGAAUACACACCGAUACUCUGGUACUCUGAUUACUGCUGAUACUCUGAUUACAGCUGGUACUUCCUUAGGUCAGUCUCAUCUUUCCUUUGAGAUGUCUUUUCAAAGGAAUACUGUAACAUUGUGGUAACUGUACUAAUAUAUACUGAGAGUGAAUUAAAUUAAACUUUAUGUCACUGUGACGUGUUAGCGUAGCUUAGCACAAAGACUGGAAGCAGGGGGAAACUGUUAGCCUCUGUCAAAGCUAAUAAAUCUUCUUAUAAAGCAGAUAUUUAACCCCUCACUGACCGUCUGGGUGCAGCCAGCUGUGUGUUAAAUCCUCAGUCUGAAGGUGGAUCACUCAUUGAGCUUCACUAUGUGGACAAAAGUAUCUGGACGCUCACUUUAUAGAUGAGCCCUAAAUGAGUUUAAAAUCUCUUCCUCUUAUAUUAACUCGCUUUUUUUGUCAUAUCAUUCCUUUAUUGAAAUGCUGACACAAAGUAGCACAAAUAUAGACAGAAAACAAACAGCUGUCAGAAGGAGAUGUGUACAUACCGAUCAGAAUUAUAUAAUUAAUCAAGCCAGCUGGAGGUGGCAUGUAGUUACAAUGGAGACGACUGAAACCUCACUAAUUUAUGUGGAAUGUCGCUCAUCAAAAGUGUCGAGUGCCUUGCUGUGAAUCAGCUUCACAGCAGAGGAGUUGAGUCUGUAAUAUAUUUUAAAAUGUAAAUGUAUCUGUAUUAAUAUGUGACUGUUUCCAGUCUGACACUGAGGUCACUGAUGGAGGUCAAACCCGUCAGAUGUCUAACCCGUCAGAUGACUCCACAAUUUGACUGCGGAGAAAUCAUAAAUUAAUUUGGUCUAUAGUGCAAGUUUAGCUGAAGCUGUUUGACGUGCUGGGACUUUGAAAUUGUCGACUAAACAAAGUUUGGCUCCAGACACAGUGUUUAAAUGUUUGUUGUUAAUACUGUGUUCCAUUAAAGCACAUUAUAAACUGAAAUGAUGGGCCCUAAAGGCAUCACCUGCAUUAUUAUCUGAUCAUACUGACAGGAAGUGAAGGGGCCACUGAGGUAGAC